AUGAAACAAAUCAGUAUCAAUAGCGUCGCGGUGCUGUGCUUGUUCUUCGGUGCUCUUCUUUCACUGACCAACACGGCGUCCGCCCUUCGCUGCUACCAGUGUGCCAGUGGAGACAGUUGGAGCGAUUGUUCGGCAAACGCACGGACAACAGAAUGUAGCAGCGCCAGCCAGAUGUCCGUGCUGGGACGCAGCCUUUUCCUGCCGAGCGAAGCACGUCAACUUGAACCGGCGUGCGUAUCAGUGUACGCCAAGGGUACGGCAGGUGGUGUUACCGGGUACGCUUACGUUCGGGAUUGUCUGUUCAACGACAAGGCGUUGUGCGACGUGAUUCAGAGCGCUUUACCAUCGGGCAUUAAUAUUGUUAACUGCGACCUCUGCACGACGGAUCUGUGCAAUGGUGCGGGCAGCCUUAGCGUGGCGCUUUCGAGUGUAGUGAUGUUGGCCAUCGCAGUAUUGCUGUGGAAGUAA